AUUAGUUUAAGUUAAAGGUGUAUUUGUUAAAAAAAUCUCUAUUUUAAAAAAAAACUGGUCCUUCACGAUGUCAUCGUGAUUCCGAAAGUGAGGCUACACUCGCGACAAAUGGCGGUGUUCCUUGUAAAUAAUUGCACAUUUCAGGGAUGUGGUUUAAAGUUUUCUUCACUUGUCGACUUGAUUCAACACAUUGAAGACACACAUAUAGACACUGAUCCACGUUCUCUGGAACUUCAAGAGCUAGAACGUCCCACCUCCUUGUCUUUGAGCUAUGUUCUCAGGUACUUCACAGAUGCUGCAAAACGUGAGCAGUGUGAACUGCAGAAGAAACGCGUUAGAGCACACUCACCUGCUGUGUCAUUACCAGAAAGUACCCCAACAGGAAGUGAAGUUGAUGACGAAGAGAUGAAGAGUGAUGAUGAGGACAGUGAUGACUCAUGGACUACACAGGAGGAACUCAACUCGGAUACAAUCAUGAGCAUGGUUGGCUGCCGGGAGAGAGUUACAGAUGGAGAUCGGCCCUAUGCCUGCCCAGUUCCUGGGUGUAAGAAACGCUAUAAAAAUGUCAAUGGCAUAAAAUAUCAUGCAAGAAAUGGCCAUAAGAAGGAGUCGAAGAUAAAGAAGUCAUACAAGUGUUUCUGUGGCAAAAGCUACAAAUCAUUACAAGGCCUAAGGAACCACAGCACUCAGCAGCACCCUACAGCUGAUCUUCUUGCUCCACAGGCUCUGACACUAAACAGUUCUCUUUUGUCAACAAGAGCAGUACCUUCACCACCAAGCUUGAUCAAUGUCCGAGAUGUUGACCAUGUUCCCUUGACCUCGUCUGCAUCCCUGGAGACUGGUUGCUCCUCUCAGCUAGCUCCGUCAAUGCUGUCCCACCACAAGAUAAUCACCCAGGUAAAAACUCUUGCCAUGGCAGCCGGGAAGGGUCAAGGCCAAAGCCCUGCUGCUUUGAGUUUGCCCUUUGCCAACCCAGUUCAUUUCAUCAGUCGACAGCCUGCGUCUGCUGCUCCAGUCUCUUUGGCCUUAAAGGGAGUGAAACUGGAAAGCAGUAGCAGUGUAUAAAAAUAAAUCUGUGCUUUACAAAUGAGAUUUUUCUGAGAUGGAUUAUUAUGCCAAGUUUGCUUGCUGUUAUAAACAUGAAGAUGAAAAAUGAAUCAGCCUGUGCCUAAAAUAUAGUAAGUCACUGACGCCAUUUUAUGGCUUUACCUCUUUGGUAGUAAGAAUGGUAUGUACAUUACCAGAUACACACAAAUGCAUGCAUAUCAAUGUGUAUAUAUAUAUUCAUUUUCUCUUUUCCCACACAAAGAAAGCUUUCAUGGUAUUUGUAAGAAAACAGUAGGUAACAGCAGAAACUUCCAGCAUUUUUUUUAAUUCAGGGAAGUUAUAUUCCCAUUCAUUCUUGCUAGUCAUCUUUGUGCUUGAAGAUGAAGAUGAAACUCCACUGCUGCCAUUGUUACCUACUCAAUAUGAUAGAGAUGAGAACAAAUUCUUCAUCAUUUAAAGUUUUAAUAUGAUUAAAAUUGAAGAUUUUGCUAGUCAGUGUAUGCGGUUCAAUCAUUAGUUCCAAGAAGCCCAGUAAUAUUGUCAUGGGGCACCAGCGGCAGAUUUUAUAAACAUAGUAAAUUUGUGUCACUGUAUGUGGUCAUGCUUAAAGAGCAAUCUGUGUGUAAGUCCUAUAUUUGUGUGAAACAGGUGAUGUUUCAUUGAUAAAUCUGCAGCUUAUGUGUUGCUGUGUUGUGCUUAAAAAAAGGAGGCAUAAAUGGCCAGUCUAAGCUUUAGAGGUUGUCUUUCCUGGGUCCAACUGUAAAAUCUAAAUGUAUAUAUUAUAUACCUAUGCUAUGCUUGCAACGAAUGCUCCAUAGUGCUUUAUAUUUGAAUGAUGAAAUAUAGUGCAUAGUGGGAGAGAAAGUGUGUUUGAUGAGGUGUGUGCCUACAUUAUGCCUGCAGUGAAUGGUUGUCAGUUUUUUGUUUUUUUUUUAAUUAGAAUGACUAAAUAGGGCUUUUUGUUGGUUGGUUUUGUUGUUGUUGUUUGCUUGGAAUAUGCUAAUGAAAAUGUAGAUCGGAAGUUUUUCUUGAAUGAGUGAUUUGCUAGGUUGUUUUUUUUGGGGGGUGGGGAUGGGAGUUAUAUUAUGCAGAUUGAGCAAAUGAUAAUUCUUUUUCUAUAUAUAAAAUAAAUUGGCUGCUAUGCUGCAAAGCAAGUGUGCAACUCCUCAACAGCAGCAGGUGUGUACAAUGACUAAAAAUUUGCUAUUAUUUUGACCACAUCAACCUAAGGUUCGAACAGGGGACGGGCUGGAAUAUGCACUUGCUUUUAUCACAGUCAUUGUCUGCUUGGCUAGUGUUAGUUAAAGAAGUAUCCUUCACUUUCUAUCAGGCUGCCAUGCUCUAGAUUUUUGAUAAUUUGUCUUUUGUGAUUGGGGUUCAUUGCUAAUUGUACUGUUGGAUCUAGGUUUGUUUAGAAGAAAUAACAUGUUCGGUGACUGUAACCGUUAAAUAAAGGAGUUAAGAAAAUAUGUGCCGUUAUUUUGAAAUGGUUCUACUCAUCAUCAAAUAAAUUAGAGCAAGUAAAUAAAAAUAACAAAGAAAUCUUGGAAAGUUAACGUGCUAACCUUCUGACUCUAAGGAAGAAUACAAUUUUUAAGCAACCUUAAUGUUAAAUGGAUUUUUUCAGACUGCAAAAUUCUUGAAUAUGAAUAAAGUGCACAUUGUGCUAUAGUAGGCAAAUACAAUUGCAUACUGAAGUAGCUAGAUACAAAGCUUUCUUCUUAAUUUCAUGAAAUGUGAUGCCAUUUUUAUUCAGAUAGUUUUAGGACAAAUAUGUUUGGCUGAUAAAGCAUUUCAGUGUCCUCUUCAAUCGGGGAAAUAUGACUUUGUAUGUUGAACAAACGAAAAUGGCAGCUAGACAUCAAGCUCAUAAAAAUGAGAACUGUAAAAGGUGUAGCAGACUUACAAAGACUGAGGUGGAAUGCACAUGUCAGAAAACAUUGGCAGCUGCAAUCUGCUGUAGCACAUUGUUGCAUUCCCUUUCUUUUGGCAGUGGUUGUGUAAGAAUCACAUAAUGUCUUUUCUGCUUAAAUCAGUCAUCAUUUAAAUUAUUAAUUAAAAAGUGUUUGCAAUUCUAUUUAGUAAAAGGAUAAAAUGUUAGCUUAUAUUUAUCUGCAGAGAAAAAUACUGACUAGUCUGUAUACAUUUUGCUUGCUGCAUUGGGAUCACCACUUGUAUUCGGUAAAGCAUUUGUCAUUGAUUUGUUUACCUUUUUGUGUCCUUUCUUCCCCUUUAUCCCAAACUGGGACUGGGAGGGAAGUUACAUUGUCAAAACUGGUGAUGGGGGCCAAAAUAAAAUGGCGACACUAUGUGCAGUUAUUGCAAGUCAUAUUCCCUAAGAAGCAAAAGAUACGAUAUGAAAGGUUUUUUUUUUUUUUUUUUUUUUUUUUUUUUUUUUUUUGAGCACAGAACAGACAAAAGAGGCAAAUGCAAAAUAGGUGGUCUUUAGCAUCAACCUGAUUCUAGUCAUAUUAGAUCUCAUUGUUCAAGAAGCCAUUGGAAAUACUUUUACUGCCUCAUGCCCAUGUCUUAUUUGUUGCAAGAUGAAUAUGAACGGCUGACUAUGCCCAUUACAUAUUUCUGUGCUCUGACCUUGGUCUCAAAGGUAAACAAGAUCUUGAUGGAAAGGUGUGACAUUUCCCCCCUACCCCUUCCUUCCCAUUCAUAUUUCUAGUCAAUUCCAUUUUCUUGACAUCAUCCUAAAAGCAUUUAGACCUCCAGGAUGCAUUAUUUGGUUAAACUACCAUCAUGGGCAGAGCAUUAAAAUAAACAGCUUAAUGUUUCAUGUACAGAUACAUAUAUGCCACAUGUGCAUGCUAGUCAUUAACAUUCGGGAUCAAAUGUAAUGCAUAAGUGUUGAAUAUAUUGAAUCUCAGUAAUUUGCAAAGUUUAAAAAUCUAAGAUGUCUUAUUUCUAAGGAGAUGAUUCCUGUCUAGAUUCUGCUACAAACCAAAUAAGUGUUAAACUUAUUUUAAGUUUAACUUCUUCUAAAUAAAUGAAACCAGAAUUUAUUAUUGCACACAUUUCUUUCUCUAUUUCUCUCUCAGUAACAUUUAGAAUUUAGACUAUUAUUGUCAAAGCCUGAAUUGUCUUUUCCAUUAAUGUAUAUUAGAUUUAAGAUUUCGCCUUUCAGAGGUACUUUUGAAAAGUGUAAGAAAGACCUCAUGUCUUUAACCUUAAAUUUUACCAUCUAGCACAUGAGACCAGUCUGUUGAAAUCAAUGGAAUUAUCAAUAUUUGAACCUCUCAGACUUUGUUCAUGUUCUUUAUCUUUUUGUGGCUGAACAAUAUUAAUGUGAGAAUUUCAGUUUUGUGGUUGGUUUAAUUUGGUUUAUUGCAUCUUAUUUGUUAUGGGUGAUAGAACAGACGUAUCAUUUCUCAAUAAAAUUAAAUUCAAUUCAAAUAAAAGCAAUUGGAUGUUUCUGUCAUAGUUUUGAGGCAUUUUAGUUCGACUAUACUCUUAAGAGCAAGAUUCUUUUUGAAAGAUUUGUGAUGUAUACUGAUGUUUACAUGUACUUCACAGCGUAAACAAUGUAUUUAUGUUUUUGUUUUAAAUGUCAGUACCACUUCUAUUCUCAGAAUGAUUUCUAUAAUAGCUUUUUCUUUUCCCAGGCCUUUAUUUGUUUUUUUUUCCAGUUAUCAUGCUCCUGUGUGAUUAGAAAAAAGAUAUUAUUUGGCUUUACAAUGGGCAGAGGUUUUGCAAAGUGAUAGUUUUAUCAACUUUAGCAGCUUAAAGAUUCUUGCAUUGUGUUAAAAUGUGUAAGGUUAAGAGAAAGUCUAGCAAUUAUUAUCUGGACAGAUUGUUCUUGCUGAUUUUUCCUGUCAGAAAAUUUCUAUUCUGCAUUAUUAUAAUUCUCAUUUCAGGUUUAUUUCAUGUCUUUUGUCCUCCUCUUUUACAUCUGAAGAACCUUUUUCAAACUACUUAUUCUUUCCACACUGCCACUUUUUAAUUCUUCUAGUUCUCAGACAGUCAGUCAGUCAGUCUGUGUACCUGAUUUCUUGACAUACUAUUUCACUGUUUAGUAUUUUAUAAUUUCUUUAUUUUUCCAUAUGCUCAAAACCAUGAGCAUAGAUUGUGUGAAUAUUUUGAUUCAAUUUUUUUUUACAAAUUAUUAAUGUAUUAAUGCUCGAGACAUUUGUUCUUUAACAGUAUUGUUUUGGAAAAUGAAAGGCACAGUAAUUAGGAGAAAACAGCUCAGUAAAAUUUUUUAAAGGUAAUAUUAACUACCUGUCUCUUUUUAUGAAGUAACAGUUAGCUGUUAACAUAAAUGCUCCUUAAACGAUCUGGUUACAUUUGAAAAUGAUUCAGUAUUUUUUUCCGUACAGUCUCCACAAAGACAUGAUCUCACAAAAAUAUGAUGUUUCUACUUUAUACCCGGGCGCGAUGUUGCUACUUGUACCUGAGUGCGGUGUUGCUACUUUAUACCUGAGUGUACCAACAGUAGGAAAUAAGAUUGGAUGUCCUAAAUUCCAUAAACACAGUACGCAUAUCAAAGAUCCAGUUUAUAUUUUACCUGCAGAAAAAGUGAAACAAUUUUGUGCUCUUUCUGAAAAAAAUGAGGCCUUGAUGUUUCAGAGAUGGCUAAUAUGUGGAUGUGUUCAUUUAUUUCCAUGCCUUUAUUUUUAGAAAUAAUGUCUAGGCAAAUCAUUAUGUGUUGCUGGUUUUAUAUUGGGGUUUUUUUUAAGUCUUUAAAGUACAAUAAUUUUCAUGCUAUCUGUGUGGUAAACCUGGUCUUAUGUGAUUAACCUGUUUGAUGCAGAGCUGUAUCUUAUGUUGCUUUUCGCAAAAUAUUCCCUGGUUACUUGAAACAAAAAUGGACAAAAUCUCCCGCGAAAUAAAUCUUUGUGUUUUGAAAGAGUCAGAUACAAUGGCUAACUGAGACAACUUUUAUGCUUUUGAGCAUUAGAUAUGCCUUUAUCUGUUAAAUGAAUAAUAAAAAGUAAGAUGCGGUAAGAAGAUACUUCAGCUCAAAGAAGUGAAUUUUGACUUCUUAACAUAUGAAAGGGAGCAGUGUUAAAAGCCAUUCAUUAUUGUCAACAAUGUUAAGCAACUUUCUGUGUGAAUAUUAACUGUGGCAAGUGCAUUGCCACAAAUGUCUAGAAAGUUCCACCUUGAAUGUGUUUGCACUUAUGGUAUCGUGUCUGCAUUUACAUGCCAAAAUUAUCUUUCCCUAGGGGACAGUACUGAAGAACGUGUGUGGUUUGCUUGUGCUUGGGCAUUUUGCACAUUGUAGGUCUCACAUUUUCUCUAGAGGUAGGUGUGGAAUCGUCAGUGGGAGUAGAUGGUGGUCAUUAUCCUUCCAGAGAACUAACCUUGAUCAGCAGGAAGCAUUUAUUCUGUAGAAGACGCUUAUGGUCUUGAUAGGAGUUUUUUGGUUAUCUUGACUAAAGCUGCUGGAACAAAGGUUAUGUGUUCCAGGCUGAUGUUUAUCUUUGGUAUAAUUUCUUUUGUUGUCAUAGCCCUCUAAGAACAAAUCUAAACUUUUAUUUUUGGUUGUUGUUUUAUUUUUUAGUGAGUAAAUAAAUUGACAUAUGGUUGUUUUUUUGUUUUGUUUUGUUUGUUUUUUUUGAGAAAAAAUAUCAAUGGUUUUUAACUGUUUUUGUUUCAAAGAGCCAUGCCAUCUAUUUUGCCAUUUGGCUGGGCAGUGCUUCGUGUGUUACAAGUUUUCAGCUGUGAAUUAGAAAUUCAUGCCCUUCAAAAAUGCGCUCCCAGGUAUUCGCAGAUUAAUGACGUCUUUAAUUGGAAAGGUAUUAUAAAGGGUGAUUCUUGUUUUUUGCUCUCCUCCACUGCCAAACCUUGUGAUUUUCAGUUCAGCAAUUUUAGAUCAGUAGAAAAGGACUUCGUUUAGUUGUACUUUUUUUAAUAAGUUGUGUAUUCCUUUUUUUUUUUUUUUAAACUUUAAGGUGUACAUAAUUUAGCCACUUUCAAAGUCUGUUUAAAAGUGGCUUUACAAUAGUGUAGGACCUCAGAGUGACUGCAGAAUAAUGCAGCAGGUUGAAUCUGCAGAUGUCCAGCAUGAAGCAGCUUUUGUGAGAAGUGGUGGGUUUUGUGGAUGCGUUUGUUUCCCCUCACCUAUAGCUUGAAUGUAUAUUUUGACAUGCUUAUACCCACCUGUACUUUUAUUGUUUUGAUGUAUGCCAAGUACAGUAUUGACAGUGGCCAAAGCUAUUGUUUCCCACCUAAUUCUCACAGCUGCAUGAGUAUACAUACCAUGACCGUGAUAAAACUUUGGGAACAAUGUCGUCAGUUAUUGCCUUAUUCAAAAUUAUUUUCAAAAUCCAUUAUACCAUGUUUCUACUGUUUUGUACAUUUUUAUAUACUCAGUGUUGUUGCAAUGGUAUCAGAAUCAAUAGAGCAAUGAUUUGUAUUAAAAUCAUGUAUGUACAUGAUAUGUGAAAAGGAAGUUAGGAAAUGUAUGUGUACAAGCAUGAUGCAUCCAUUUGAUUUUGUAACUCCUAGUAGUCUCUUUUGGUUAAUGUUUUUGUUCUUGUCAUUUAUAUUUUGUUGAUUUCUGGACAUCUGUAUGUUUCAUUCUUGAGUAUUGGACAGUUUGUGAAGAGUCGCAUGGCACUGGUAAAUGAUAUACAUUAUAUUUUUGCUCUUUCAAAUCACGUUUGACAAUUUCUCUUUUUGUUACACAAUGUACUGUUUUCAGAGAUGUGUCAUUUUUUUUUCUUCUUCACUUGCAGAUUAUGUUUAUGACAAAUUGUUUCAUGAAGCCAUGCAUUUUUUCAGUAAAUAUUUAUAUAAGUAAAUAUUUCAUGGCCCAGAGCAGAUUGAAUACAUGUACUUUGUAAUGUGAUAACGUGUUCUGCUGAUAUGAGUGGAACAGGUAAAGUUUGAAAGUUUAAAUGUCCGUCUCCCAGAUACUGAUUUCCUAUCUCCACACCUCAUCAGUUUGUUUCCCUUCGCAUACACCAUUAUUUAGUGGGCUUUGAGUUCAUGUGUACAUUCUUUUUUAAGAUAACCUAACAUUAUUUGGAUCAGGAAUAACUUAUUAACUUUGCUGUCUUGUCAUUUGAGAAUCUAUCCUUGCAGCAGGUUCAGUCCCCUGAAUUAUUUCUUUUCCAUUUCCCACUCCAACACCAACUUAUUUUAGGCAAUCUUUUUCGGGUUCUAAUCUGUUGAAUUUGGUUCAUGUAUGAAGGCUCCAUUUUUAUGAACACCUUAACCUAUUUGUUGUCAGUAUCCAUUUAUGCAUUGUGUUAAAAGUAGACUGUGACAUUGGUUUGUAUACACUGUGCCAUGCAGUAUGUUAUUAAAACAUGCCAAAAACAUUUUUUUUUUUUUCUUCUUCUUCUUCUUCUUCUUCUUCUUCUUCAAACAGCAACAAAUUUCAAAGGCCAACAAAAACAUGCAUCAAGAUAUCAUUAUGAAACAUUUAGGCCACAAUCAGUUGAACAUCAUGCUGGAUGGAAUAUGGAAGUAAGCGUUGGGAGAGGAAGACUGGAAGGUGGGUGGGAGGUAGGUUUGUAAGGGUUAGCAAAUCCUCGGGAAUAAAGCGCCAGUUGAUCUUGGACAGGAUAUCAGAGUGCUCUCGGGUUUGAAGUGCUGACAAUAAUUUCCAUUUCCCUUGUAAUCUGGUGGAAGUAUUAUAAAAAUCGAUGCCUUGUGGUGGUGUGUAGGCUAUAACUUUUCUCUCGUCUGUAUGCAGUACAUGGAUAGAGUGACUGGCAAGGACAACACAGCGAUCGAUUGGUAGUUAUCGGUACGAUGUUAUUUCGCCAAUGCAGUACAAAUAAACUAAACGGAUUUUAUUCCUUCUUUGCGAAUCCCAUUUCCUACGAAGGCAGUUGCACGAUUUUUUUUUUUUAUUUUUUUUUACACAUCAAAUUUCACUCAUGCUUAACUGCCCGUUCUCUGCUUGGAUUAAUUGUUCAGGAAACAUUUUCGAUGAAACUCUCUUUAAGUUUUAGAAAAUCCUGCUAGGCAUCAGGAAAUAAAAUGCUGUAGCCUCUUCAGAACAUUCAAACGACAUUACUAUGAACUAUAUAUAUUUUUUUAUCACACACAAAGGAGAAAAGGGCAAAAAUAUUUGAUGCAGAAAUAUAUCUGCCUUGACGGAAGUGUGUACUGAAGGGAAAGCGCAUGCGCGUAAAUGGCCGUCGCUUUGCCCGAAACCUACGGCAGCUCGCAGAAUUCGGGUAUUGAUUUUUCCCUCUGCAGUCUGCGCACAGCCCGAAAGAGCAAUCGAAGGAAAAUUGCUCGCAGUCUAUUUAUAAACUAUUGGCAGUGCGCUGAACAGAAAUGUCUGACGAUGCGGCUUUCUUGACCCGUACUCACACGUGCGUACGCGGUAACAAAGCUAAUGGCCGAGUGACAGCCUUUCAAAUUUCCUGUAAAAUCCUUGUCACUGAAGCUUCGCAGCUCCAGUGAUCCUGUGCGCAGAUCGGAGGCUUGGUGUCGAGUCUCGGGUUGGCAGUUGAGACGGGGUUUCCGCACAAA